AAGUGGAGACUACAGUGAUAGAACAACAAAUAAAUGAGGAUUUCACACCCCAGCUAUUGAUAAAUGAGUUCUUGCCAGACAGGAUGCUAUCAAACUAAGUUUUCUUUAGAAGCGAGAGAGUCCUGUGGCACCUUAUAAACUAAGAUGUAUUGGAGCAUAAGCUUUUGUGGGAGCAUAAGCUUUACUUCUUCAGAUGCAUGCAGUGGAAAUGUCCAGAGGCAGGAAUAAAUAUGCAGGGAAGAGUCAGUCUAGAGAUAACGAGGUUCGUUCAAUCAGGGAGGAUGAGGCCCUCUUCUAGCAGUUGAGGUGUGAACACCAAGGGAGGAGAAACUGCUUUUGUAGUUGGCUAGCCAUUCAUAGUCUUUGUUUAAUCCUUUUUCUUUAAAUCUUCUAGGCUCUUCCCUUUCUCUGGAGGUGAUGGGCAUUAUCAGAACAGGAUUGUAUUCCUAACAGCCCAAUAGCACCUUAUUUCAGUGUGACUGGUCUCGCUCACCGACUCGCUCGCCCAGGGCUUGUGUGGUCGUCUGGACAUCAGGGAGAUGGAGGAUUCCCCGAUGUCCCCCGGCUCCGUGAGGUCACUGCCGCUGCUUGCCUUCACCAUUUCCCUCCUUUCUCUCCACGUUCACCGGCUGGACUCAGUGAGUUUCAAGGUGAUUGGACCCGAUCGCCCCAUCAGGGUCCUUGUGGGAGAAGAUGCUCUGUUACCCUGUCACCUCUCCCCCAGCAUGAGCGCUGAGAGCAUGGAGGUGCGCUGGUUCCGAUCCACGUUGUCUGCAGUUAUCCAUCUCUAUCGGGAUGGGAGAGAUCAGGCUGGCCAGCAGAUGGCACUGUAUCGAAGCAGGACGAAGCUACUGAAGGACGGUAUUGCGAAGGGGACUGUCUCCUUGAGGAUACACAACAUCACCCCCUCUGAUGAAGGGACUUACAGCUGCCUCUUCCAAUCACCCACCUUUUACGAAGAAGCUGCGUUGGAACUGGAGGUGGCUGGCCUGGGCUCCACCCCUCACCUUUCUGUCGAUGGAUAUCAGGAUGGAGGGAUCCACGUGGUGUGUGAAUCGGCCGGAUGGUAUCCGGAGCCCCAAGUGCUGUGGAGAGACCUCAGCGGGCAGCGACUAGCACCAGUGAUGGAGAAAAUAUCCCAGCAGGCUGACGGGCUGUUUGAUACUCACAUUGCUGCUGUUAUAAGAGACGCUUCGAACCAGCACCUGUCCUGCUCUGUCCUCAACCCCCGUCUCGGCCAAGAGAGAACAGCAACGAUGCACAUAGCAGAUGUGUUCCUCCCAAGGACCUCUCCCUACCAGCUGGCUCUGUUGGUGACCCUGGCUGUUGUGGUUUUUCUCAGCCUCUUAGCCGGUUACUGCAUCUGGAAGCAGCACAAAGCGAAAGACGCUCAGCAAGCUGAACUGAAGAAACAGAUACACGAUCUGCAAUCUAAUCUGGAGAAAGAGAGAGAGAUUCUGCGCUCUGAGCUGGAGAACGAGAGAGUGAACGUGACUCUGGAUCCGGACACGGCUCAUCGCAGCCUCGUGGUCUCUGAGAAUGGGCGAUCUGUGAAAUGGAGGGGCCUGCAGCAGGACGUGACUGACAACCCCAAGAGAUUUGACAGUGAAACCUGCGUGCUGGGCUUGGAAGGGUUCACCUCGGGGAGACAUUACUGGGAGGUAGACAUCGGGGGUGGGAGGACCUGGGCUGUGGGGGUGGCCAAAGAGUCUGUCAGGAGGAAGGGCUGGAUCAGCUUUUCUCCUGAGGAGAGGAUCUGGGCCAUGGAUCAGUGUGGGAGCCAUUACCGGGCUUGUACUUGCCCGGAUAUCCUCCUGCCCCUGACUUGGAGCCCCGGGAAGAUCGGGGUGUAUCUGGACUAUGAGCAGGGCCUAGUGUCAUUUUAUCAGCCUGGUACUGAGGCCCCGAUCUUCACUUUCACCUCCUCUUUCACUGGGCAGCUCCACCCUUUCUUCUGGGUCUACUCCCCAAUCACACUGUGUUCCUGAGAUAUGGCAUGGGGGGGCAUAGCAUCUCUCACUGGUCAGACGUUUUUUUUGUUCUGUUGUUUUUAUGAAAUGGACUACUUUUUAAUUUUUUAAAUAUUUUCCAUUUUUUUAUUCUUUUCAAAACUUGGAAUUUUCCAAAAUGAAUAUUUUCAAUUUUGAAAAUCCUACCAUUUGACUAAGCUGAGGGCUCAAAAUUGGCAAAGCAGAAGAAAUCCUGAGUGAUGUGUUGUGUAAGACGCUACCUACAUAGAAUAGAACAGAACUCAAUAAACAAUACAUCAUAGGACCCCUCCCCCCAAAUAAAAGGUUGAGUUGAAAAUUUUGUAAUAAUGCAAAAAAAAAAAAAAAAAUCUCAAGAAAAUCCAAAUGGUUUCACACACAAAAUCUCUUUUUGUAAAUUGGCCAAAUUUCCUCAAGAUAUUUUUGAAUGAAAGCUUUUGUUCAGCUCUGAUUAACACCUGUAAUUGCAUAUAAUCAAUGAAUGUUUCCUGGUUCUUAGUCCUGUAAUUUAUGAACUGACCACCAUUGAUGAAUGGAAGGGGUAAGAACAUGAGUCAAACCCUGUCCUAAAACAUCACAUUGUCCAAACUGGAUAAAAGGCUCCAAGAAAGCCGAUUCCUAACCAGUAACCAUGUUCUGUGACAUUAUUGGUGAAAGAAACGGAGUCAGAGGAAUGCUCCGGUUCUCUGGAUGAGUGUUGAUCAUGCGGUUCACAGCAUCAGGAAGGCUUAUCCUAAACCCAAAAUGACAGGUAUGCCCUACACCAGCUAAAUUUAGAGUUUUAGGCCAGAAGGGACCAUGAAAUCAUCCAGUCCAGACCUCCUCUAUAUCACAGGCCACCAACACACCCAGCACCCUCACAUCAAGCCCAGCACCAAAAAUUAAACCAAACUAUUGCAGCCCACAGGAGACUAGACUAUCACGUGCCACAGCCACGGAGCCUCACCCAGCCUGAGCAGAACAAAGCAUGGGGGCAAAAACUAGAUCAGUCUCAUAAUACUUCCCCAGUCUCAUAAUACCGCUCUUGAGGAGGUGCUAGCCUCCGCCACCCCCACCCACCCCGGUUCCAGUGUCUCUGGUGUCUAAACAGGAUUUCCUUAAAUCACAACAGCCGCCUUCUCCCAUCUCCUGCUUCAGGAUGAAAGGGGCAGUGCUUCCUUACGUUAGCCGCAGGAUCUGAUCAUCUCCUGUAUUAACUGGAUGAUUUAAUGAGUUGAUGACCCAAACCAACAUCAUUGUUAACCCACCGACUUAUGGAGUCAGUCUCAGUUGUGACCUGGAUUUGAACAUUGUUUUCACAGGUUCCAAGGCCAGAAGGGACUGUUGUGAUCAGCUUGUCUGGACUCCUGUAACACAGGCCAGAGACCUGCCCUACAAUAAUUCCUGCUCGAACUAGAGCAGAUUUUUUUUUUUUUUAAAUCAUCCACUCUUGAUUUGAAAUUUGUCAGUGAUGGAAAAUCCACCACAACCCUGGGUAAAUGGUUCCAAUAGUUAAUUACCCUCACUAUUAAACAAGUUUGAGAGGGGUAGCUGUGUUAGUCUGUUUCAGCAAAAACAACGAGGAGUCCUGUGGCACCUUAAAGACUAACAAAUUUAUUUGGGCAUAAGCUUUCGUGGGCUGGAACCCACUUCGUCAGAUGCAUGAAGUGGAAACUUCAAUGGGGAGAUAUAUAUACACAUGGAAACACAGAGACAAGGCCUGUCAUGUACCCCUUUGAGAUGGCAGGUUCCAGGGCUGCUACCAGCAGGUCAGGCUCUAGUACCAGAUCUGGCCUGGCUACAGAGCUUCCGGCUCAGAGAGACACCACAGAUGUGCCUGCCACAAGAUCCUUUAAUGCUCUGCCCGGCCAGGCGGAGGUUAGCUUAUAUAAGGUCUGUUGCACAUAGCACCACCUAGUGGCUGAACAGUAACAUAUAGUUUACCAUGACACUGCCCUGACACUGGAAAGUUUCACUCAGAGAGCCCAGAGAGGGGCCAGAGGUGCAGGUAACCCUGUAUCCGUGACAGGUUCCCUCCCAGGUCUGCCCCUUUACCAUAGCCAUGUGCGCUAAUACCACCUGGCCACAAGCAGCCGCUACCCCCAGGCCUGGUGCAGCCUCUCCUGGGCACCAGCCCAGUGCAGCCACUCCAACCCAUCUCCAUGUACAGCUGGACAAACUCUGGAGGGUGUGUGUGUGUGUGUGAUUCCUACCCUUGUAUCCCUCCCCACGGUGAAUGCUGUGGAAAGGGUCUCGGUAAAGGUUGGACAGCUUUGGUGCAAGUCCUUGUAUAUUGUCAGUCCAUUACUGGUAUUAUUUGUUUACAGCACAGCAGUGCCAAGAGGCUUUGUCAGGAUCAGGGCCCUGUGGUGCUAGGAUCUCUUCAGAGAAAGAGCACAGACCGGUCCC